AUGUCAAAGGACAAAGGCACGUCUUGCCAUACGUCAUCCAACCACUGGUGCACAGCUUUGAUGAUGUGUCUGUGGAAGACUGGGAGCACCGAAGCCAACGCCGCUCGUAAGGCACACAGGCUUCAAUCGCGACGUUUCAUCUGA